AGAGAUUUUCAGUGGCAAGUAGCGUACAUGCUAGUCCGGAGGAAAAUCAGGUAAACACGCUAGUGUAUUGCAUGGGCGAUGAAGCUGAUGAUAUUUUGCGUGGACUGGCUCUGACGGAGGAUGAAAGGCUUGAAUAUGCGGCAGUGCGGGAUGGGCUGGAGAGCUUCUUUAUGGUGAAAAGGAAUGUGAUCUACGAGCGGGCAAAAUUCAACCUGCGCAAGCAGGGGGAGGAUGAAACGGUGGGCUCUUUUCUAACUUCUCUUUAUGCGCUGGCUGAACAUUGCAAUUACGGGCAGCUACAUGACGAGCUAAUUAGCGAUAGACUUGUUGUAGGGCUGUUGGAUGCCAAGUUGUCAGAACGAAUGCAGCUGGAUCCUAAGCUGACGCUAGGGAGCGCUACAAUCAUGGCAAGACAGAGUGAAGAGGUGAAACGGCAACAGUCUGCUCUUCGAUGGGCCAAAGAAACAAGUGGCACUUUGUCUGUAGACCGAGUAAGUAAGAGCGGCAAUAGGUCAAAUUUCAGAGUGCCCCAAAUUGCUAAGAGCCAGGCUAGGGCACAGAGCGUGCAACAGGAGAGGGGGAGAGGAAUCCAGUGCUACAAAUGUGGAAGCUCACAGUCCCACUCACCGCGAGAGUGCCCCACAAAUGAUGUAACAUGCCAUUCAUGUGGCAAGAAGGGACAUUACCGCCGCGUGUGCAAGUCUGCUAAGGCUGUCCAUGAGGUACAAGAGAAGGAAGAUGAACGCUUUCUUGGUAGCGUAUCAGCAGAGCAAGGAGAUCUACAGAGACAAAGAUCCACCCACUCUCCGAGAGACAACAAAAACCCUGAAGGGACCAGGGGGUCGUCCACUUGACGUUGUGGGCAUGGCCGAACUGUUGUUGAGAAGAGGAGAGAAAGAGG